CUGACACGCUUAUACAAGACCUUUAUGAAACAUUUUGCAUCUUAUGAAACAUUUUGCAUCUUGACUCGUUUAUAAGAUCAGCACUGAACAUUUUCUAACAGUGAGGACUUAAAGUUUUUGCAGCGGUUUAAAUGCUGACCAUGCGUCUACACGGGGCAAUGAGUAUAUUGGGAGCAGCACUGUUGGUUCUGCUGGCAGGCCAUCAACAAUUUGUCUCAGCCCAGAGUGAAUCAGCACCAGAGGUCUCUCAGAACAAUGGCACCCUGUAUGCAGCCUGCAAAAUGAGACCCAGCACCAUGCUACCUGACAGUCUGCCCAAAGUGUACGGUCAGGUGGUGUUUAAACAGCAAUAUCCUGUGGGAAAACUCCAAGUCCUGGUACGGAUUAACGGCUUCCCCACAGAUGACAAUCCACGGCCCAGAGCAGUGCACAUCCAUCAGUACGGAGACCUGAGCCAGGGCUGUGACUCCACUGGCGGCCACUACAACCCACAUGACGUACAUCACCCCAACCACCCUGGAGACUUUGGGAAUUUUGAACCCCAGGAAGGAAAAAUCAAUGCAAUGCUAGAAUCUGAGGCAACCCUGUUCGGAGCGCUGUCUGUGAUCGGAAGAGCAGUGGUGGUGCACGAGAAGACAGACGAUUUAGGGCUUGGUGGAGAUGCUGGGAGCCUGCUGCAUGGGAACGCAGGCCGGAGGCUUGGCUGCUGCAUAAUUGGGAUUUCCUCCGUCAAACCCUGGAAUACGCACCAUAAGCUGUAUAACAGGCGGAUGAGGAGAAAUUAGGCUGAUGCUGGUCAACAUACACAUGUUGCCUUUGUAGUCAUUCAUUGUAUCCAUUGUUCUGCUUGUCUGAUAACAAGAAAAAAUCAAUGACUUUAUCAAAUCCCCUUUCUCCAAUCACUCAACAGUGGAUCAAACAUAGUGGAAGCUUGCCUUAAAAACAAGUCUUUUCUUAAAUGCUGGCCAAAAUAAACUACAAUAAUCCAGAUAUUAGGCUCUAUAUUUUUAAUUCAUGCAAGCGGCAGGGCUUCUCAGUCGGUCAGUCCACCACUUUAGUCCAGACGGAGUAUCUCAGCUAUUGAAAUUUGGGACAGAUAUGAACUCAAAAGUCUUUAUUUAUCCUGGAAGAUAUCUCCAAGAUGGAUUGGUGCGCAAUUUGGCACAGACAUUGAUAUAUUAUCCAGAAGAUGAAUCCUACUGAUUUUGGUGAUCAUGUGACUUUUCCUCUCCCACUAUAUCAAUUCCAAACUUCAAUUUGUUUUGGUAAUUUCUUUGGUACCUCAGCUGUACUUGCGUUUAGCCAAUGUUAGAAUGCUAACAUGCUAAACUAAGCUGGUCAACUUGGUAAACAUUACAUUUGCACGCAUCAGCGUUGCGAUUAACAUGUUAGCACGCUGACAUUAGCAUUUAGCUUAAAGAACUUGCAUUACAUUUGCGCAACACACAGCAUUAUACUUCAGGGAUCAUUUUACGAUUCAGGUUUUUCUUGCUAAAUGGUAACCAAACUGCAUUUAUAUCAAGCUUUUCCAGCCUUAGCAACUACUCAAAGUGCAUUACAACACAGGCACCAUUCACCCGUUCACACACUAGUGACACCGAAUCUUCAGCCUGUAGACUGCAGAUCAAGACGACAGCUCUCCCGAGCUGAAAGUUACAACAACCCAGUAGUUGAAAAUCAUUUAUUUGGCAGAAAUAAAUAUAUUUUGUAGACAUUUUUGAACACAUUACACACAUACAGUAUGGCUCUAAUUUCUAUCUGGUGAGGUAAUAAAUAUUUCCACCACAAAAACAUGACUGAGACAUCAGUGCUGGUAAUCUACAUGUUGUGGCUUCACUGUGUUACAGAGUAAAACAUUCUGCAAAUGUGUUCCUAUCUAAGAUGUUGGUUCAGUGUCAACUGACAAAUUCUUCAAAUAUUUGCUUUUUCCUCCCCGUUGAGGAAUUAAAUAAAAGCAUGGAUUUAAAGAAGAAAAUGCAACUAUCUUUAAUAAUCAAAUAGUAUACACCAUGCAGCAUUUUCUAUAGCUUUGAUAUUGUUUACAUUAUUAAAAAUAAAAAGCUAUUGUAAGGUGUUUAGCAAAGAAGAAAAAUGUCCUACAUUGUAAAAUUUAAGACAAUAAGAAACUGAAUAUGUUUGUAUUAUGUUUGAAAAGACAAAAUAAACCUGCUGCUAAGCUUAAACAUUGUCCACAACAACUGGCUGUCUAUUUAUUGCACCUUUUUUCUCUCAAUUUUGAGUUAAUUUCUAUGUGAAACCCAAUUCAGUGUGUUACUCCAGAGUUAAUUAACAGCAGAUUAUAUUCUUCUUCACUGCUGAAUUCAGUUUUCAGUCAAAGUGAGAAUUCCCAUGACUUAGGCAACUAAUUGAAAACUGGCAUUUUUUGUGUCAAAGGCAGAAAAACCAAAAUCAUUACACCUUCAUUUGCUGCUUUUUUUUAUCACAGUAAAUCAUAAUUUCUCCAGUCUCCAGUAAUCACAAUGUAAAGCUUCAAAUUUUGUGGCAACAGUUUGAGUAUAACUGUUUCAUAAUGACAAUGAUGUGAAAGAAUUUGACUGUUUUGCACGGAGUUCUCAACUAAAACACAUCCAACACCUUUUGGGUUAACUGGACUGUGACCGAAGCUUUGUUGCCAAACCUCACUAAUGCUCUUCUGGCUGAACGCUUGCAGAUCUUUGCCAAAAUCUGUUUUAACAUUUUGUAUAAAAACAAUCCCAAGUAAAGGGCAGGCUUCUUCAGCAGCAUAUCACUGUUCAACAAUCACAUAUUGGCCGGAGGUCAGACGUAGUUAUAAAAAGAUGCCCUGUGCUUCGUCAUGUAGUGAUGCUUUUUAGUCAACUGAUCAUCAAAGUGCACAGAUUUGAUUGGCUGAGCAGCAUCAUGUUAGAUGAUUUAAAGCAUGUAAUUGGUCUGUAAGCUUCCUGGUCAACUUAACCAGUGCUACAAAUGCUAAGUCAGAAAAUGCUGAGUCAGAAAACAGAAAUGCUCCAUCAAAGUGUAAUUACUCUUAUAAUCAUGGAUUCAGAUAGGACUGGGACUGAGCCUGGAUCUGCAGCAUAGAGAGGAACAACAGGUUAAUGAGGGGGACACGUUUUGGUCAUUUUUGCUAACCAGGGGGAUGUCGCCCCUCUCGAAUUCCCAACUACAUUUGCCGUUGUGUUCUGGUUUCAACAUUAAAAUUGGGCCAUGUACACAUGAGAUUCUCAAAAACUGAUCAAAUAAAGGAAAAAAAAGGUAGUCCGUUACUGACAGUUGACAGUUAAGUUAAUAAUCUCAAAUAUUUUCAUUCAAAUAAAUGUGUGUUAAGUCACUAUCUGUCCACAAAGGUGAUUGAGCCUAUGGCCCACUCAUGAAAGUAUUGCACUAUUUAUGUAGUAACCCAGAAUUAUGAAUUGGGUUUUAGGAACAUUUGUGUAAAAAAUGGUAUAUUGAUGCAGCUUCAUAAUAAUUAACUGGUAAAACAUGAGAUGACUUUUAAUAUGACGUAGUCACAGGAAAUGCAGUGUGUCUGUUAGUGAGAAUAUUGCAGGGAGUGAUGAAGCAGUCAUCAGUGAGCUGUUUGAUGAAGAACUUAAGGUGACAAACACAUCAAACUUAGUGAAGUAACCAACUCA